CGCUGUCUCAGUCGCAAUAACCACUGUCCGGAGAAAACAAUCAUAUUCAAGAAAAAUGGGUAAAGGCGGAUCACUAAGCGAAGGCGUGAUCAAGAACAUCGUCCUCUCCUACACAUACGUAGCGAUAUGGAUCUUCCUCAGCUUCACCGUCAUCGUCUACAACAAAUACAUCCUCGACAAGAAAAUGUACGACUGGCCUUUCCCUAUCUCCCUCACCAUGAUCCACAUGUCCUUUUGCUCAACCCUAGCUUUCCUCCUCAUCAAGGUCUUCAACUUCGUCGAGCCUGUCUCCAUGUCACGUGACACUUACCUUAGAUCCGUUGUUCCCAUCGGCGCGUUGUACUCACUCUCACUCUGGCUCUCUAACUCCGCUUACAUUUACCUCUCCGUCUCCUUCAUACAAAUGCUCAAAGCCCUCAUGCCCGUCGCGGUCUACUCCAUCGGUGUCAUGUUUAAGAAGGAAGGUUUUAAGUCGGAGACUAUGGUUAACAUGUUAUCCAUCUCCUUUGGUGUCGCCAUCGCUGCUUACGGAGAAGCUAGAUUUGAUGUGUGGGGUGUGGUUCUUCAGCUAGGUGCGGUUGCGUUCGAGGCGACAAGAUUGGUUUUGAUUCAGAUCUUGCUUACCUCUAAAGGAAUCACGUUGAAUCCUAUCACUUCUCUUUACUACGUUGCACCGUGCUGCUUAGGGUUCUUGUUUAUCCCUUGGAUUGUUGUGGAGUUUCCUGUUCUUAGAGAGACCUCUAGCUUCCAUUUUGAUUAUGUUAUUUUCGGGACCAAUUCGUUCUGUGCCUUUGCUUUGAAUCUUGCUGUGUUCCUUUUGGUGGGGAAGACGUCUGCUUUGACCAUGAAUGUUGCUGGUGUGGUUAAGGACUGGUUAUUGAUCGCAUUCUCAUGGUCGGUUAUUAAGGACACUGUGACUCCUAUUAAUCUUUUUGGUUAUGGGAUUGCAUUCUUGGGCGUUGCGUACUACAAUCACGCUAAGUUACAAGCGAUGAAAGCUAAAGAGGCUCAGAAGAGUGCUCAGCAGAUCGAUGAGGAGAGUGGUCGGCUUUUGGAAGAGAAGGAAGGUGGGAGGAAAAUUGAGCCAGAGGACUGAUUUUGUUUGGUGAAGUUUAUGAUUUUAUUUUAUUUUCUUUAACUUACAUUUUGUUUGAAUAAGAGCUUGAAGGGUUUAUAAGUAGAUGGAAGACAAGUUUUGGUUUAUGAUAA